AUGGCCGACUCACUCGCCUACGACUACACCAGUUGGCAAUUCCUCGAGGGGAUCGGGCAAGCAUCGCCAUUGCAACAGGAACUACAGACCGAGGAUGACUUGCGCCUUGCCUUUGAGUUGUCUUCUCAUGGUCGCAGCGAGAACGACAUCGCGUUGCUCAGCUCGGAUAAUUGCCUGCCAGACGGGCAAAUUUCGGCAAAGGCAGCAACCGCAGCCACAGGGAUAGUGCAGGCGCAAAUGCAUUCACCGCCAAUUGAGGUGGGAAUGGGAAUGGGAAUGGGAAUGGGAAUGGACCUGGAUAUGGCGAUGGCGAUGGAGAUGGACAUGACGAUGGAGAUGUUUGCUCAGGGCAUGGAUUUCAUCUCAGAACCUCCCUUCCCCGAUCUCUCGCUCGGCCACGGGCAAAAGGCCCCCGACGAGCUAUCCUUCCUCCGCUCCACAUCGGACGAUGUCACACAACGAGCGUUGUUCAUGACUCCAUCCGGCAUCACCUCCCCAUCUUCAUCUUCAUCUUCACCGUCAUUUGCAUCCACAUCGCCCUCGUCACACCGGAACUCUUCCUCUCCGUCGCUAGAUCCCUGCACCCCCAGCGCCACCAGUUCGACAAGCAAGGAAGACGAAGACCACGACUGGGACUGCGACCGCGACCGGGACCCGUCGCUUGGCACGGCCCUGGGUAUGGACAUGGGCAUGCAUUUCUACAAAUUGCCCGAUAGGCUCGACUCCUCCUCCUCCUCCUCCUCCCCCCGCCCACCCCGCCUGCAUCGUCCUCACCACCACCCGACCCAGCCUUCUCUCCACCGGAUAAAUCACCGCGCCAGUGCCGCCGCCGACGACGAAGACGCACUCACGCCUCUUGAAAUGCCCGACGGCAGUACCCGCUUCACCGCGAAUUGGCUGCCGGUCGACCCGACGGGUGGGUUUACCAUUGAUUCACCAGAGUCCGCGUCUGCAUCGGCGAUGGAUGUCGGAGAUCCGUACGGACAUGGAUACAGCCCGCAAGACCGGGCGUACGGGUAUGGUUACGCAGAGGGAGACCUUGCGAUGGAAUUCAGCAAGGAGGCGUUUAUCCAGAUGCCUGCCCCGGCGCCGGUGUGA